AUGGUGAGAAAUACAACUGUUUUCAGGAGAAAGAGAAGGAGAUUUUGGAGGACCAGAUCGAGGUCCAUCGGCAGUGAGGUAUGUUGACCUAACCCUUUGACCCUGUUAGAACAGACAAACUGAAAGUUUUACUGGCCAGCCAAUAUGGAGGCAUAAUAUACAUUGUUUGUCCUCAAAACAUCACAUAACGUUUCUAUUCUAUUGUCUCGGUCUGUCUGUCUUUCACCCCUAGAUGUCCCGUAUUAUACCAGACAGAGCCACUGACAAGAAGAAGAUCACUAACCUCAGCCAGGCUCUACAAGCCUUACAGGUAACUCACACACACACUCAGGGGUAUCCUACCACCAGAUCAGAGGGGGGUCAUUUGUUCCAGCCCUAAUAGUAAAUCGUAACGUGUGUGUGUGUGUGUGUGUGUGUGUGUGUGUGAGAAACAGCUUCAGCUCGAGGAGAGCAGACUCGCUUUGGAUCACAGGGAUGAGGUCAUAUGUAAGGUAGGUGACAACUACGUAUUGAAGAUAAUGUUUACAUUUGAAAUAUGCCCUAAAUACCCAAUAAAUGUACAAAAAAUUCUUUAGACAUGCUACAUGGCUUGCCAGUUUAAAUGUGGUCCAUUGCAGUCUAUUAGCUGGCUGGCCAGUGCUCAACAUCCCUUUGUGUGUGUGUGUCUCUCCUACAGAAGGACUUUGUUGUUGAGCAGCUGGAGCAGUCCCUUACAGAGUACUCCUCCAUCGCACAGGUACAUCACACACACACAUUUUACAUACGCCUGAUACAGACCUCACACACACAUAUUUAACUGAUAUACACUCUGGGCUUUAUGUGUGUGUGUUUCUCUGUUCUCAGGAUCUGAAGGAGAAGAUGAAGGAUCUAGAGAGCCAACUGGCAGAGGCCCUAGUGUAACUACACACACACACACAAUCAUAACAUCCCUCACACAUCACUCUCUAAUUUUGUCACAUAUUGUUUGUAAUAGCUCAUACCCUCUCUCUCUUUCCCCAUGUCUUUCUCUCUUUCUCUGUCUGUAGUAAUGGAGGAGAGGGGGGUUACAUGGCAUUAGAUGGGACUCUGUCUGCAGCCACUCAGCGCUCCAUCUCUCUAGGGGAGGAACUGGGUCUACUGCCACCCAUAAUGGUGGGUCACAUACACACACACGACCAAUCACUCUCUGCAUCUUUCCCCAAAGUGCAGAAGUGCUUGUCUGUAGUGUUUGUCUCCACUGUGUGGUGAUCAAUUAGUACUACAGGACAAUGUGAGUUUAGGGUUUGGUAGGGCUUAGCUGGGAGACAGUAGCGGUGUUCGAAUACUCAUACUAACCGUACUAUUUGUGACGUGAAUUGAGUGUAUAGUAUGUUUAUUGGUCAUAGUAUGGAUAUGGUUAGUAUGCCAAAAGUUCCCUGAUGUCGUACUAAAUUCUCCAAAAUACGAAGUAUACAUACAGUGGAAACUAUUUCCGUGCUUUUAGGGCCCAUAAUGCAAUUAUUCAGAAAAGGGGCGCGGCUUCAUAACUUUUCAGAUUUUAAGAAAAUGGCGGAAAAUAUACAGCCGAAGUCCGACGAGAGCGGAUACAAAUUAAUUGCUUUAACUAAUUAUGACAAAUGUUAAGAAAGUGUUGUGCAAUGUAACAAAGUAAUGACUUUUCAAAUAAGUUACACGUUAUGUUGGCUACGCUAUCCUUACGAACUGCAUAGCAUUACGGCAGAAUGUACCGGUAUGUUAGCUAGUUACCUAACAUUAGUUGGCUACUAAUACAUCGAACUUGCCAGGCAGUAUAUCAACUAUCUAACUAAACGUUUAUUGACUUGAUUAUUUACAACAUUCUUAGUUAAGUGGUAUAGUCGUUGUGCGUUUCAAUGGGCAUUGUUAAUUCUGGCUAUCUACUCCGAUUUCAGAACACUCUCGCGCAGAAUAACUGAUGAAUUUACGAACGCUCAACACCAGUUGAAUAUGGCCUGUGUCAGUAAACGUCGGCAAAAAAAAAGCGUAAUUAAAUUGUUGCCAGCAGCACAGUUACAGUCACCAACGCUCUGGAUAACAUAAAAACAGCCUAACCAGCUCUGCUAGGGCGAGUAAAAUGGUCAGAGUGAGGUGUUCUCUCAUUUGUGUCUGGAAGUAGCUAGCCAGUUAGCUUGGGUGCUUGACUGCCGUUGAACGCUCGGAUCAACCUACUCCUCGGCCAGAGCUUCCAGUGUGCGCUUUGAAUUUACGAACGGACAAUCUGACAGCGCCCUAGAUUUACGAACGCCCAGAGCGCACUCUGGCACUCCAGAUUGAAUUUACGAACACAUCCGAAAUCGUAAAAUGUUUAGCUAGUCAUUUGUUAUGCUAACAAGUUAGCAAGAGGUUGCAUAGCAACAACAUCAACUUCCGGUAGACAGGCGAAGCUCAAGUACGCUCAACUGAAACGAUACCGUUCGUUUACAGUAUACUAAAAUAAACAAAUAGUUUACAGUAUACUAAAAUAAACAAAUAGUAUGUAGUAUACAUUGUUAGUAUGGGUAUUCGAACACAGCUAGUGUUUUCACACCAGUGAAUGAGGACAGGCUCAUUGUAAUGGCUGGAAUGGAAUUUAUGGAACAGAUGUACACAUGUGGUUUCCAUAUGUUUGAUACUACCAUUUAUUAUAUUCCAGCCUUUACAAUGAGCCCCUCCUACAGCUUCACACACACACCCACACCCUGGGGGAGAGACGCUGUUGUUAAAUGCGUGUGUUCACUUCCUACCCCAGGAGGACUCCUGUGAUGGGGAGGAGAAGAUAGAGGAGGAGCAGAGAGUGGAGGAGAGGGUAGAAAGAGAGGCAGAUGAGAAGAAGGCAGAGGUGGUUAAGGAGGAGAAACAGAUGCUAGAGGAGAAGAGUGUUGUGUGGUCAGAUCUGGUGGGAGGUGUCCGAGCAGCAGGAGGUUUCACCCUGGGUUUCCUGGUUCCUCUGGGUGUCCUGGUCUCCAUUGUCCCCGGCUGCUACAACCACUGUACAGGACUGGGCUUCACCGACACUUUCUGGUCUACAGCCAGAAACCUCAUACAGCCAUACUGCAAUGUGCACCACAUAGGGCUCCCCCCGCUGUAA